AUGAGGCACAAUAAAGAAAGAGAAAAGGCUGUACAAGUUGAAGGAGAGAGACGAAUGGUCCGGCAGAUCAAGGUCAGCACCACAAGCCGCACGAAAGAGAGACGCAUUCGACUAUCACCUAACACUGCAAUUCAGUUUUACGAUGUGCAAGAUAGGCUAGGGUAUGAUCGAGCUACCAAUGCAAUUGAUUGGCUCAUGAAGGAAGCCAAAGUUGCCAUUGAUGCACUCGGUGAUGCAAAUCAAGAUGAUAAUCAGGGGUACCAAAUACCAGCUACCACCACCAUUUUCAACCCUUCAGAGACAUUUCAUCCAACAACCUAUGAUCAGAUUCAGCAGAAUACGAAUCAUGAACAAACAAACAGUUUAGAUCACAACCUGUCUGCGCUCAUGAAUCCAAUCAACAGAUUCCCUCAAGAAAUGGACCUCUUUUCAACCUCAAAAGCCUCAGUGGAUUUCACAUGGAGUCCAAAUUACAACAGAGGAGAAGGUUAUGGUUUUGUUAAUCGUGAACCCAUUCAAUCCAGUUUCACUCCUCCAAUUGUUCAUACAUCGAACACUGGGUUCUAUGGAUGUUAUUCUCAGCAAGAAAUUCAGGUUCAAGAGGAUGAAAAGGAUAAUCUUUGUAGUUGUACCCAGGCCUUACCUCCCCUCUAA